AUGGGAUCACCUACAAUUGACCUGUCCGAUCCGGCCGUGAUUCUGAGCGAAAUAAAGAGAGGCACUGAUUUGUCGAUUGAUGCAGCGGAGAAGGGAGACAAAGUCGUCACAGAUUUGGCCAGGAGAAUUAUUGAAUUGAGCAUCGCAGAUCCUUCUUUAGUCAGAGGAUGCAUUGAAAAUGCUGAUGAUCCUGCUCUAGGUCAUGAAAUCCUGCGCCUCUCGUUUGACUACAGAAAUUUCGCCGUCGCCAAAGAUGCGAUUGAAUCUGGCGUCACUUUCCAAGAAGUCGUUUUGCUUGCCGACGAAACUGACCUUGAGAAAAUCGGGUCGAGUAUUUAUGAGAUGUAUCGGCAAUUCCAAGAUGAAAACGUUAUCGACUUCUUUUGCAAUCAGCUGAUUGGAUCAAAAUCUAUGCUACGGCGAUCGAUUGCGAAAGAAGCCUCGCUCUACUCUGAUACAAUCCUGGCAAGUGCUUUGGAACGGGACUUCGAGGUGGAUCCGAUUCUAACGCAGAUUAAUCGAAGGCUUCAAAGGAGCGCUACAAAAGACAACAGAGAACGGAUAAUCGGACCAACCCCUCUUGGAUCUGGAAGUUUUGGUCACGUGUUUCCUCUCUGCUCCAGAUUUUUGCCGUAUCAAAAUUGGGAGUUGAAGGCACUGAAAGUUCUGAAUGUUCAAUCGAAACAGUCAUUCGAUAAUAUAUUGAGAGAGAUUACGCUGCUUGAGCGCUGUAGGGAGCAUCGAUCACUUCUAAGAUUUGAAAAAACCUUCUACAUCGAGCGGAAUGAUGGUUCUCCUCCUCUUGUCUGCUUGGAGACAGAAUUCUGCAAUGGAGGAGAUUUGAUUUCAUUCUUGAAAAGAAUCAAUAAGCGUAAUCUUUGCGAGUUCGAUGUUGGCAUCAUCAUUCUGCAGCUCGCCGCGGCGGUUCAAUUUCUUCAGACGAAUCCUGGAAUCAUCCACAGAGACAUAAAACCCGAGAAUGUGCUUAUAAAGACUGAAGCAGAUGCGAUGGGGAACUUCGUGCUGACGGUUAAAUUAGCCGACUUUGGGUUGUCAACGCUUUCGGAGAAGAAAAAGGCGUUUGAACGGACGACGCGAAUCGGUACAAUUCAGUACAUGGCACCAGAAAUGCUUAUGGGAGAGCCCUACGAUUGCCGAAUAGACAAUUACGGGGUCGGACUGGUCGCGUACUUUCUGUCGACUGGUGUUCACCCCUACGAAGGACCGGAUAACUUCCAAGUUUUCCUUCAACACGUGAUUAGCAACUCGAUUAACUUUGAGCCAAGGGUUUGGAAUGACCGCAGAUUGUCGAAGGAUGCUAUUGUUGGAAUUAUUCAGUCCUGUCUGACAAAGCGGGUUAUGAUUCACGAUUUCAUCAGACACCCUUGGUUCCUUCAGGUCUUAGAAAACGACACCCAGUCGAGAAGAUUCAUCGAAUAUCACAAAGCCGUAUGCAACAACUACACUCCCCCUCCACCAGUGCUCAUCAACAGAAGAGCCAUAUUCCCAGACCCAGAUUACUCACAAAACUCUUCACUGUUCUCUCAACCGCGAAUGUCGCAAUUCUAG